AUGUAUGCAGACACAGAUGCAGAACGCGCCGACUCGUCGGUGUUUUGCACCUGCACUGGGUCAUAUGUGCUUGAUCGUGCACAGGAGUGUCGCACGUUGUCGCCGAUGGGCGCACGGCUGGUUGGUGUCUGUCCCACGGAAGAUGGCAAUGCCGUGAAUGUACUUGCAUCUCUGGCCAAGUCGACACCCAGCCUCCAUGAUACGGGCAGUGCUCUUUGCACGGCGGCACCACUGUCGGCCCUGUCGGCCCUGUCGGUGCUGCUGGGCCGCGCCGUCCAGGGCGUCGGCUGUGCCGGGCUGGUCCAGCUUCUAUUUCACGGCCGGCUGCUCUCCAGAAAAAACAUCGGCCUACUGUUCUACAUCAACUUGCCACCGGGGCGGUCAUGUUUUCGUGACGCUGAGAGAGCUGCCCUAGGCAUGCGGGCGUCUGCUGCACACACAGAGAAGACGAAACGAGUCCAGACAAGGCGAUAUAAGAUAUUGACCACCUGUCAGUGCAUUGCAGCAGCAGCCUUCCUGGACAACGUCGACAUCGCCAAGCCAAGGACAGGCAGGCGAGAGGAGAUUCAGGACGAACAUGCCACACACGGGAUCUAUCUGGCGGUGUGGUUUCGACGGUGGAGAGAAGAGCCGCUCCUCAAGCAGGUGCGAACGCAGCAGAAACGACGCAACCGUGUUCAGCCGCGACGACGAAGGGAAUGUGGGCAGAUGUAG